AUGGAAGGAGGCCACAAAGAGCAGCUGGGUGCCCUCACGCUUUGCAGCGCACUUGGAGGGGUUCUCGGUAUAGCCGCGGUCAUCUUCGGAGCGCUGGUCCAGUGGGCAGGUGUCAUGCCAGACCUGGAAGAAUAUGGGCGCUAUGUCCUCCUCGGGGGUGUGGUUCUUUAUCUGGUACAUCUGCUUGAAGCCCUAUGCAAAAGCAAAACCUCCAAGUACCUCUAUUGGAUUUUGAGUGAAACCGAGUUCGCUUCGUAUGUGAAAGAGUUGCAAUCGGCUAAGCCCGAGAUCAGGUGGACGAUUCAAAACUACCACUAUGAAGAGAGACGGACCAGAGACAAGGAUGGGAAGGAAAAGGUCGAAAGGAAGAGGGUGAACACCCAUCGUGCUCAGGCAUACUAUGACAUCCAGGGCUUCUUGGAUGAAACUCUUUCACCUGAGCAAACGCUGGCCAUGUUCCACUUGCUGUAUGAUGGCGAACACGAGGACUUGGAGGCAAACAAGAAGAAGUCGAGGAGAAUCUUCUUGCUUUGCGAGAUGCCUCUGGAAUACCAUGCGAUCGAUGACCAGGAGGAGCAGCGCCUCUUUGGUCGGAGAGAGACGUUUUUCAGAGAGAACACACGUGACACUCACCAAGACAAGAAAUCGGAACACCUUAUCAGCUGUCACCACAAGAGCCACGUCAUGGUGAUUCUCAAAGAAGGUACCGAUGACAGCCGUGCGCGCCCGUGGUGGAUGAGCUAUUGGUUCUAUGCCAUUUGCACGGUUUUUCUGAUGAGUGUGCCUUUCCGGGUCUUCUUCUUUUCGCAGUGCGCCAAAAUACAAUGGGAGGUGCUGAAGCACUUCUCUCACAAGCAGGAGGAACUGUGGACAGAAGAUCCAAAGCACAGCCGUGCAAAACGCACAGAUGCUGCAUCGAAGGCAUUUCGAAAGGUCAAGCGUGAAAUGCCUGCGCGAACGUUCUCAGGAAAACGAGCUGCAUGGGAUGAGGGACCCGCAAGUAUGGAAGAUGUCGGACCGCCUGUCACAGUGCCUGUGGGAGUUCCAUCAUACUGGAAGAAUCGAGAUUUGGACAAGGACUUCGAUGAGAAGAUCAACCUGUCACCUGAUGAGCGGGAAAAGAUGCAGCAGCUGUUGGAUGUGACCUUCAAGAACAAAGCCACCAGAGAUCGGAAGAGCGAUGGCAUGCCAACCAGGCUGAUUGCGACCCAAGUGAUUCGCAUGGAGGACAGCAAGAUGUGGCGGCGAUUUGAGCAGAAGCGUGCGGAGCUGGCACUCAAAGGACGGCCCAAGCUGAUGCAGGAGAUGCCCGGAAGUGGACCUUUCAAGACCUCACCAAAUGAUGAGACGUCACUGCCAUCCUGCCUUCAGGAGGUGACCUCGGACCUUAAUGAAGCAUAUCUAUUUCAUGGCUCUAGUCCAGGAGGUGCGCUUGGCAUCGGCGAGAAUGGCUUUGACAUGAGCCGUGUGGGGUCCAAUGUGGGCACGAUGUUUGGGGCGGGUGCCUACAUGGCAGAGGCAUGCAGCAAAAGCGACGAGUACGCAACCGAAGAUCCUAGCGGCCUCUUUGCUGGCAAAUUUGCCUUGCUACUAUGUCGCACGCUCCUGGGCAAUAUGUUCUACAUCACAGAGUCAAACAUCCCAAGGAUCGAAGAUGCUCUGGCCACGGGGAAAUUUCAGUGUGUUCUGGGCGAUCGGGAAGCAGCCGUCGACACCUACAGAGAGUUUGUUGUUUUUGAUGACGCGCAGAUCUACCCGGAGUAUGUAAUCAUAUACACCCGUAGCUUUGCGUAG